GUUGCCAAGACCGGACUAACAGUUCAACCGACACACAAAGCGAGCAACCACGAUCCCCAAAAAUAUCCGUUACGACCGACGACAACCCCAGAUACUAACAACAGGUACCGCGCCAACACCGCCAACAUGCGUACCUACGACGAUACCUUCAGCGGCCAGAAAAUCUACCCGGGCAAGGGCAAGCUCUACGUCCGUGGCGACAGCAAGAUUUUCCGUUUCCAGAAUGGCAAGACCGAGUCCCUCUUCCUCCAGCGCAAGAACCCGCGUAAGAUCUCGUGGACGACCCUUUACCGAAGGCAACACAAGAAGGGUAUCUCUGAGGAAGUCGCCAAGAAGCGUACCCGCCGCACGGUGAAGCACCAGCGUGCCAUCGUCGGUGCCUCGCUCGACGUCAUCAAGGAGCGCCGCAGCCAACGCCCCGAGGCUCGUUCCGCUGCCCGUGCCGCCGCCCUCAAGGAGGGUAAGGAGAAGAAGGCCGCCGCCGAGUCCAAGAAGAAGGCCGAGAAGGCCAAGUCCGCCGCCAGCGCCGCCCGUGGAAACGUCAACAAGAUUGCCAGCAAGCAGGGCUCAAAGGGUGCCGCAACCAAGGUGCAGGCCAGCUCUCGUCGUUAAGCUUGUGCGUGUUUGUCUGGGUACAAUCUGGGGGGAUACACUGUGCUGUGCGACCAUGAAUGGCUGGCUUUCGAUGAUGGAAAAAUAACGGGAGUUUUUUCUAAACCGGCUUUUUCCGUGGUGCAACUGCUUCCUCUUUUUUAAGGCGGACACGGCGGAAAUGGAAAUUCAUGGAAACGGGGGUCAGGAUGAAAUGGCAUUAAACAAACACCUUUUUUCUUGUUCAAUUUCCAUCCUCUUUUUUUCUUGUGAUGAGGAAAUCAAAAGCCAUGCAACUCGCCAAUCGUGCACAGGCUUGGAACGUUGAGGUACCUCGUGUACUUUUUUUCGUUUCAAACCUGUGUGCAUGCAUCGACAAUUACCUAGGGCUCUCGCGGAUAGCGCGCAGAGAAGCAAAGAGAAUCCAAUGCAAUUAUGUCCUUCACGACCUUCUAUAGCACUCGGUCAUUUAAUUCGUGUAGCAUUAUGUACCCCUCACAACCACGUUGUCUUCUCGAGUUGUGUAUCGGUCGCUUGAACCUCCACUCUUUGCCGAUCUAUGACGACGAGCAUAGGGCGCAUCACUCUCCUGCCAUGCUUGCUCUUCGCCUUAACAAUUUAGGCAGACUUUCUAUAUGGUAUAGCUGGUCGCACUCCUACUUAAUUCUCUCUCUAUUCCCGAGACUUCAACACGAGCAAUAGGACCGUACAUACGUAUGCCGGUGCUCUGUUUGAACUUGUACCUUUAUGUAGUGCUCGCUCGCGAAAAAUUUACGAUAGCUACUUAAUCUGAUUAUGACUAUCCUCCUUUGUAGUAGCCACUCUUUUCUCUCUCUCUCUCUCUCUCUCUGUGUGUGUGUGUGUCCUCAAAGAAUCAACUCGUCGACUUAUUCAACUUGUGCUUGUCUGCCUGGCCACCUACCUGCUUUUAUUGUCUUUUUAUAUUAGUUUAUACAUAAUGUUUAUUAGAUAUAAUACCAUGGUUAAUUGGCACACUCUUACUGUCUCUCUUUCCCUCCCUCCCUCCCUCCCUCUUUCCCUCUGUCUGUCUGUCUAUGUGUGUGUGUGUGUCCGUCCGCCAGACAUAUACACAUAGUUUUUUUCUUCCUUUUCUGACGUGUUUCCAACACUCAAAAGGGCAAAUAAAAAAGGCGACAAAAAGUAGGCGGUUACAGAAAUGUUCACAGGAGGUUAUAUACACAUAUCAAUACUUCAACUACUCACCGCGCGGGAGAAGAAACAACGACAAAUUAACAUAUUCAACAGUCACGCAAAACCCAGGAUUCAUUUCCCGCCAAGUUCAUCGCUUAGUAGACAUCAAGUCAGAAACGCGCAAG